AUGGAGGCCUCGGACUUGCUCGCACGCGAGAAGAAGCUGAGGAGAGACAGCUCCCAGGGGGAGCCUACCGGCGGGGACGGCAAAUUCCGGGCCGCUGCAAAGACGCCCAACAGAGACCUGUUCUGGGCGGCUGUCAAUGCCAUCUCUGUGGAAACCCCAAAGGAAGUUCUUCGGGCUGCCCGGGGAAAGAGCGUCACCCUCCCGUGUACCUACAGUACCUCUUCCCCAAACCGAGACGGAUUCAUCCGAUGGGACAAGCUCCUGAUGAGCCACACGGAAAAGGUGCUCAUCUGGACGUUUUCAACCCAAAGCUACAUCUACGGUGACCUGUAUAAGAACCGUGUCAACGUAUCGAGCAGCGCAGAGCAGUCGGAUGCCUCCGUCACCAUCGGCCAGCUGACCAUGGCUGACAACGGCACCUACGAGUGCUCAGUCUCGCUGAUGGCAGACCUGGACGGCACCUCCAAGUCACGCGUCCACCUCUUGGUGCUCGUGCCACCUGCCAAACCAGACUGCGGCAUCGAGGGAGAGACCGUGAUUGGAAAUGACAUCCAGCUGACCUGCCAGUCAAAGGAGGGCUCCCCGGCCCCUCAGUACAGCUGGAAGAGCUACAGCCUCCUGAACCAGGAGCGGGCAGGCUCCCCAGUCACGGGGCAGAGCUGGACCCUGAAGAACAUCUCCGCAGACACAUCGGGCUACUACAUCUGCACCUCCAGCAACGAGGUGGGGGCGGAGUCCUGCAACAUCACGGUGGCCGUCAGACCCCCCUCUAUGAACGUGGCGCUGUACGCGGGCAUCGCGGGCGGGUCACUGGCGGCCCUCAUUCUCAUCGGUGUCCUCAUCUACUGCUGCUGCUGCCGGGAGAAGGACGAGGCCAAGGACACCAGGCCGCCACCUCUGCGUCCUUGGCGAGCGCCCGCUGGGGCUCGAGAACCAGCUCAGAACUCCGGCCCCAGUCUCCGAGUUGGAGUGUGCCUCAGUCCCUCCUUGCUCGUCACCCUUCCCCCCGCGACGCCGCCACGUGACACGGGCGAGGGACGCGGGCCUGGGGACGGCGUCGGGCUGCAGGUGACCCGGCGACAGCUGAUAAGCACCUCCCGGCUUCUCUUUGGCACAUCCGAGCUGCCGGCAUCGCUGCUCUGCUGCUUUGGGCCAUUGCGAAGUGAAAUUGGGGUGACUUAUGACACCAUGACAGUCCACCUGAUCACCACGACGGCUACUCAGUGA